AUGCAUUGUGGAAUCACUGUUAUCCCGCUCAUUUGGAUUGAGACCUUUUCCGAGAAACGAGAGAUCGUCGAAGGUGGCCGUCCCACUCCUGAGUUGCAAGGACUACAUACAACAUCCAAGCGAAGUGGUAAAGUCUUUAUUCGAAGUUUUCAGACGUCAAAUUACGACAAGUACAAAUGGCUGGCUGGCUCCUCAAAAUUGAAUAAGUUAUUUUGCUGGCCGUGUCUUUUGUUCAACUCAACAGACAAGACAGUCUGGUGCAAGAAGGGGUACGAUGAUUUGGCCAACCUGUGUAAUGCCGUCAACAGACACGAGAAAACGAAGACACACUUGUCCAGUUGCCUAAUGAAUGCCAGUUUUGGGCGUACACGCAUCGACAUGCAGCUAGACGAACAGGCCCGUCAACACAUCUCAGCUCACAACUUGAUGGUGCACAAGAAUAGAGAAGUACUUCGCCGUUUCAUUGAUGUUGUUUGCUUUCUUGGCAAACAGGAACUUUCUUUCAGAGGUCGGGUGGAGCUGGAGGAGUCUGCCAACAGGGGCAAUUACGUCGAAUUGAUAAAACUGCUAAGUGCAUAUGACCCCACGCUUGAACAGCAUCUUCAUACAGCAACCGUGUUUUCUGGACUUUCUAAUCGUAUCCAGAACGAUUUGAUUGUUGCUGUCAAGGACGUUAUGUUGAAAGCAAUAAAAGAUGAAGUGAUGAGGAGCCCAUUUGUCGCUAUUUCCCUGGAUGAAACCUCCGACGUUAAGACCUUAUCGCAGCUAACAACUAUAGUUCGCUAUGUCAACCCAGAUGGUAAAGCUGUGGAGCGCUUUCUUGGAUUUACCGAUGUAAGUGAGGAUAGAACUGCGGCUAGACUGAAACAAGAAGUCGGUAAAACCCUGAACGAGUACGGAUGCGGCGAAAAACUGAUUGCCCAAACGUAUGACGGUGCGAGUGUGAUGUCAGGAGAACUGUCCGGUUUGCAAACACGAGUAAGAGAAGACUAUCUACAUGCUCUUUUUAUCCACUGUUGCGGACACGCAUUAAAUUUGGUCCUUAUUCAAGCUGUCUCGUCAACUAAAGAGUGUCGUAUAUUUUUUAAAACCGUCACUGGUCUUUCAUCCUUUUUUCACGCCUCGUCCAAGAGAACAUACCUGUUGGACACAGUUGUCGGCAGACGCAUUCCCACUGGAACAGCUGUUCGAUGGCACUAUCAGAGCAGGUUAAUCCAUGCUGUACUGGAGACAAGAGCAAAGCUGCUCGAAGUUUUCGAAUACAUCAUCGAAAAUGAUGACGAGUUUGACGAAAUAUUUGGUCUUACGGAUGUUUUGUAUAAUAUCAUUCAGAGUAAGCAGUUCGAUAUUGUCUUCUGUGUCACGAAAGUUCGCGAGACGAAAGAUAAGAUUCAAGAACAACGAACAAAAUUCGUAGAUUAUUGGAAUUUUACGUCAAGUAUCGUCAAAGUAGCACUGAAACGCGGGCAAAGUGAAGAGGAUGUAAAGGCGUCCUUCCGUCAAAUGUUUUUCUGUGUAGUCGAUACCAUUGUCGUGCAGAUUGACUCUAGAUUCGAAAGUCUUAACAGCAGAGCAUUCGUUUCUUUGUUGGAACAUUCAAAGCACGAAUUGUACAGCCGGAAUUUUCCCGAACGAGAGCUGCAAUCGUUGCAAGAUUCAUAUGGAGCAUUCUUUAAUCUUCAAGCACUAAAAAGUGAACUAAUCGUUGUAUACGCAUCUGCCGAGCUCAAAUCGAAACCUGUUUUUGAUAUGAUAUCAAAAAUAAUCGAACUUGACUUGAAAGCCUGUUUUCCAGAGGUGUACCGAUUGUGUCAGCUCAUUCUUACUAUGCCAAGUACGUCCUCCUCUGCAGAAAGAUCAUUUUCGGCUCUCAAGCGUAUCAAAACGUAUCUUCGCAGUACACAAGGGCAAGAGCGACUUUCUGCAUUGGCUACAAUUUCAAUCGAGAAGGAGAUGUUGGUUAUGGGCCCAGGUCACGAAUGGAUUUCGAUGGAGACGAAAUAUGAACUUUGGGAGACAAAGUUUAUGGGAUAUCUUCAUAUUUUAAAGUUGAAAGAUACCGUCGAAAGCGCCGAACCCAAUGACGCAAAAAGCCGACGUUUAUCUGGAAUUAAUCGAAGUUCUGGACGAUCGAUCACUUUCUCUAGUCAUGAGAGAUGCCAAGGAUUACCGGAAGAAAGCAAUCAAGAUCCUAAGGGAACAUUACAGGUCAAGCAGUAA